AUGUCAAGCAGAUAUCAACUUGGCGAAUGUAUAGGAAAAGGUGCGACGGCCAGUGUAUAUCGUGGACUAAACCUUCGUACUGGACACACUGUGGCAGUUAAGCAGCUCCGCCGACUGGACCUUCCUUCUCUGCAAGCCGAGCAGAUUGCGGUAUAUGAUAUUGCGAUAUUCUUGGGGCAGUUGGAAAUAGAUUUACUAAAACAGCUUCGUCAUCCCAACAUUGUUGCUCUCUAUGGAUAUGAAGAGAGCGGUGCAUAUCUAAACGUAAUCAUGGAACUAUGCGAAAGCGGCUCGCUUCAAGAAACCAUACGCAAGUUUGGUAAAAUACCUGAAAAACUGGUAGCCUUGUAUAUGAGUCAGGUAUUGGCAGGUUUGGGAUAUCUGCAUGGACAAGGCGUGAUCCAUAGAGAUAUUAAAAGUGCAAAUAUUUUAUCUACCAAAGACGGAUCAGUCAAGCUUGCUGAUUUUGGAAUAGCGAUUAGACAGCAACUGAAUGUUGUUGACGAAACAGUUGCUGGAUCUGCAUAUUGGAUGGCACCAGAGGUAAUUGAGCUUCAAGGUGCGAGCACAACAUCAGAUAUUUGGAGUGUUGGAUGCACCUCGAUUGAACUCUUUACCGGACAUCCGCCAUAUCACGAGCUUGCUCCUGUCUCGGCGUUGUUUCGUAUUGUUAGUGAUGAUCAUCCACCGAUACCAUUGGAGGCAUCACAGCUUUUUAUAAACUUUUUGAUUGAAUGUUUUCAACGAGAUCCUCAUUUACGCAUUUCAGCAAACAACUUAUGCAAACACACAUGGCUAAAUCAAAUGAAGGUAGUGUAG